AUGUGGUUAUUUGAGAUUAUUUCAAAAAUGUUCGGUUUUUUAAAGAAAGAAGUUAAAGUCUUAGUGAUCGGACUGGAUAACAGUGGGAAGUCAACGAUAUUAAACAAGUUGCAAUCAAAGGAAACUCAGAAUUCAUUAAUAGUCCCAACUAUAGGAUAUAAUGUCGAAAAGAUUAGAGUCAGUCAGAUGAUGUUCCUUUGUUUUGAUAUGUCAGGUAGUGGAACUUACAGAAAUUUAUGGGAAAAGUUCUAUAAGGAAUGCGAGGCAAUCAUUUAUGUAGUAGAUAGUUCCGAUGAACUGAGACUUACUGUUGUUGAAGACGAAUUUCAACAACUUUUGAAGCAUCCAGAUAUUUGCAAUAGGCGAAUUCCAAUCCUCCUUUUUGCUAACAAAAUGGAUUUAUCGAAUUCUAUUACAGUCAUAGAAAUAGUCAAGAUUCUUGGUCUGGAAAAAGUGAGAAAUAAAUCAUGGAGGAUUUUCGCUUCGAAUGCCAUAAACGGUGAAGGAUUAAAUGAAGGUUUGAUGUGGUUAUUUGGACAAUUGAAACAAAGUACUAACUAAAAUGUGAUAAAGAUUCUGAUAGAGAACAGAUAUAGGUGACCCAUUAGGACGUGUCAUUUGCUUUGCUGAAGAAAUAGAAGACUGUUGGAAUUUGUGUCGAAACGCUAGAAAUUUACGUUCAAAAUGUAACAAAAUCCAGAACAAAUCUAAAGAUAGGAAACCAGAUUUUUAUGCUUUUAAUCAUUAAUACUUUUAUGCUAUCUUACCGCAUUUAUUUCAAACGUUAAAGUUUAUAGAGAUGACUAAAAUUUACUGGAUAAAAGGGUUUUAAAACUUUAUCUUCUAUGGCUAUCAUUCAGUUUUUAUGAUUACAAAAGAGCCCUUUUUUGAUUCAAAUAAUUUUUGAUUCUUAUUUUCCGAAACCGAAUGCAGCACGACUUUAUGCAUAGCGUUUUGGUAUAUUAAAUACUUUCAUUAGGAGUAUUUUUAAUCAAUCAGUUCUUCAUAAUGAUUUCAAACUGUUAUCUAAGUUUUCCAAACAAAAAUAAAAUUAAUACCAAUUAAAUCGUAUUGGAUCAAUUAAGUCAUGUAUUCCACUUUAUUUUUUCUCUCCAAAUUUCGUGAUCAGUUUGCUGCUCAGUGGAUAUGAGAAUAAAACUAAAACAACGUCACAUAAUUGUAGUUAGUGUUGUAGAAAAAAUAUUAAGAAUCAAGAAAGUUUGAAACUAGACCACUCAAUAUAAAUGUUAAGUUUUAUAUAGUUGAGAUCAUGAGU